UUUGUUGAUAGUGAAAGUUCACGUGGUUAUCUUUUUUUUUUAAUAUUUUAAUAUUUCCAAAACUACUUAACAAAAUGAAAGAAAAAGUGGAGAUUGAAAAAGUUUACACACGUAAAAAAAAUGGCGUUGUUCCGACAUUAAUGAAGUUUCAGAAUGGAAAAUUGGCCGCGUUUACAAAGGAAAAUACUGAAUUUACACGUUUAAAAUGUAAAGAAGAUGCAAACAAGUUUGGUGCAUUACUAAUGGCUAACGGUAGUCUAUAUCAGGGACUUAUAAACAAUACCGAAGCGAGUGAGCUGACGGACACUUACAUUUGUGUUAGAAACAAGCGAACUAACAAGAUGACUAUCAUCCCCAUUGAUCAGGUUAAUUUGAGAAAUACCAUCUAUGGAGGAUUAGAUCAAAUUAAGAAGAGUUCUUUAUCCGACGAUGUUACAAAGAUGACACUUUUGAAGAAAUUUGGUGGUAGAAAGGCUUCGCGCUUUGUCAAUGAUCAGGAAAAAAUGCGCAUGGAUAUAUCUGUUGUUCAAGACAGUCUAACAGAGACGGUUAACGAAUCAAUGUUGGAUGCAGAUGAUGGAGUAGACCAAGUAGAUAAUACCAAAUACUUUGAUAGCAUACGUCCUCCUUGUAAUAAAGACGCCGAACAUGUAAGGGAUAUUUAUGAAAUAUCAGAUGUUGUGCCAACUGAACUAAUGAAUCGAAUGGAAGAGGAAGCCAAAACUGUAUAUCAAACAUCCUUGGACCAAAUACCCAUAUCAUCGGAGUAUUUGAAACAAACCAUAGCUUCUAUACAACAAUCAACAGCAAGCGUGGAAAACUUACAGCGGCUAAAGUUAAUUAUCUAUAUGGAUAGUUUGCUGAAUUUAAUCAAAUCACGUGUUAGAUCACUUAACAAGGCUGAGCUUUCUCAGAUUUCGGAAAAGGUGGAAAACAAUGUGAGGGAAAGGUUUUCCGAUCCCAAUUCAAGUGCUAGUGGCUCCCGUACGGCUUUCUCUACCGAAAAGGCGUUGUGUCAUUUUAUUGUUUUGGCCUUUUUGAUUAAUGAUAAGUUUGAAGCUGAUGCCUCCAUAUUGUCUCAAGAACUGAAUGCUCCUCGCGCCAAAGUCAUUAAAUAUGCACACAUUGUAUAUGGACUGCCCAAAUCACGAACAUCGAUCUUAGCCCUAAAACUACCCAAUAAAGUUCCUCCAUUGCCAACAAAGUUUGCACGAAGAAAGAAGACCUAAAGCAUGUACAUGAUUUUUAGUAUGAUAUAUCGGUUAAGAAAUAUGAAAUGCAUAUGAAAUACUUUUCAUGGUACGAACUUAGUGCAAAUAAUUAAAGAAAAUACUUUUGGUAAAACA